AUGCGUGUGCCAUCAAAACCUAUUCCGAAAUCUCCUGACAGAUCCUCUCUGAGGAAACGCAUGCACAUCACGGAAUCAAAAUUUAGAGAACUGACUGCAUGCUUGCGCACUCUUGCAGAUCAACAUCUUGAUGUGCGGCUCACGUAUGCGACGCAGAAUCCGACGGCAAAAAGAAAGCUCCAAGAUGAGGCAAACUUGGAGGCAUGCGCAAGACAUCCAUUUUUGCGAAAGUACUACGAAGGAGCCUGGCCAAUAGACCAGUUUUUGGAUCGCUACGUGCGUGCAAGGCGACACUGGAUAAAGAAGAGUACUGGCAUUAGACACGGUCAUCGAGUUCCACCCACCAACCUCAAUCAGUCGCAGAAGAAAGUGCCAGCGUUUGACCACGCCCAGACUUAUCAAGCUCAGACUGACGAUCGACAAAUCGAAGUCACGGUUGAGCCCAUCGCUGCGCUUGAUGAGGUUACGAGUGCUUCGAGCUUGUGUCCCAGUUCAACUUGGCCCGAAGUUGCGGUUGAGACCGCAGCUGCAUCGGAGUCUAAUACUGGCUCCUUCCUACAGUUCAUCCAACGGUCCAGUCCGAAGCUAGAGAAGUAUAUUACAGCAUUCGGUCAGGUAGGAAUUGACAGCAAAGCGGGCAUUCACAUGCUCCUUGGGUGGCCAGAAGAGUAUUGCAUUGACCUUGUUCGAAAAGAUAUGGGACUGACACCCAGCCAAGCGGACGACGUCUGUCAAGCAUUGGAUGAGCUGACAUUGUAA